AAAAUUAGCUCCCUUUUCAUUCUAGAAGAAAAGCUCAGUAUUCCAUAUCUCGAGAAAAAUUAGCAGCGGAUCGAUUGGUUUCUUCUUCUUCCCUUUUUAUCAGCAUGUAAGAUGCUGGCGGGUGAGGAAUUUGUUGACCUGCGCGCACGUUGCGAUCAUGGAGAAGGACGGCGGUGGCGCGCGGGGGCGGCCGGCGAUGGUGGACGGCGGGCGGGAGAUGGACUCGCCGCGGUUCCGCGCGAUCCUGCGCGCCACGAGCGGCCGCCGGAAGCGCGCGCCGGAAGUGAAGAGCUUCUCGCACGAGCUGAACGCGCGUGGGGGCGUCCCAGCGGCCAUGCGGAAGCUGGUGCGCGGCGCGGGGCUCAGCACCACCCCCGAGGAGUUCAUCGGCGCCAUCCGGACCAAGUUCAUCCGGCUCAAGGAGGAGGUGGACUGCGAGCUCGGCGUGUUCGCGGGCGACCUCGUCGGCGCGCUGGCGCGGGGCGAGCAGCCGGAGGAGUGGCGCGUCGCGCUGGAGGACCUGCUGGUGGUGGCGCAGCGGUGCGCGGAGAUGAGCCCCGAGGAGUUCUGGACCAGGUGCGAGGGCAUCGUGCAGAGCCUCGACGACCGCCGCCAGGAGCUCGCCGCUGGCGUGCCCAAGCAGGCGCACACCCGCAUCCUCUUCAUCCUCACGCGAUGCACCCGCCUCCUGCAGUUCCGCAAGGAGGCCGGCGGCGGAUGCCGCUACGACGACGACGACGACAAGCAGCACGUGCUCGGCCUGCACCAGCUCAGCGACCUCGGACUCUACCCGUUCCACGUCGCCGGCGGCGCCUCCGGGGACCUCGGCCGCAAGAGCACCUCCAGCCUCACCGAGCUCAAGGAGCGGCUCAUCCGCCGCCGGAUGCUUGAGCACAAGCAGCUCACCGUCGACUUCUCCCCGGCGAGGCUCUUCUCCGGGGACGCAGCCGCUGACCACUCACCCACCGGCAAGAUGGCGUCUUGGAAGAAGCUCCCCUCGCCCGCCGAGAAGAACAAGAGCAACGGCAACAAGAAUUCCACCGCCGGCGCCGUCGACGCCACCAAGGUGGCCGACGACACCCCGACGAAGAAGAAGGUGAUCACCCGGAACAGCAAGGUGACCGUGGACGAGAUCGUGGAGCGCGUCGACGCCGCGAGCAUCCACCCGGACGGGCUGGCGUGCCUGGGCGACGCGGCGCUGCAGCUGGCGAUCCCGUCCGAGUACCCGGAGGCGCAGCAGAUCAUCGUGGACGGGAAGCCGCGGAUGAUCUGCCGCAUCUGCGACUUCGAGAUCCCCAUGGCGUGCGCCGAGGGCCACUUCGUGGUGUGCACGCUCGCCGACCGCUGCGACGCCAAGGGCCUCAGCGCCGACCAGCGCCUGCUGCGGGUCGCCGAGGUGCUCGACCGCGUGCUCACCUGCUUCGAGUACCGGAGCCCCCACGCCCCCGCCGCCGCGACGGAGAUCGACGGCGGCAGGGCGAGCACGUCGUCGCCGACGGAGUCCGACGUGUCCAACUCCAACGCCGACCACGACAAUUUGUCCCACUUGCUGACCGCGCCGUCGACCGAGCUCUUCUCAGAGGGGGCGCUGACGCCGGCGUCGGGGAGCCUGCCGCAGUCGCCAUUGCUGACGCCACGGACCAGCCACGCGGAGUCGCAGCUGACGAAGCACAAGGGGUUCGCGGAGCUCGAGAACUACCAGCAGAUCGAGAGCCUGCUGGCCAUCGCUCGUGGCAUCGAGAGCAUCAAGAACUCCGAGUACAGCUCGCUGGAGGACCUCAGCUCCUACCUCGAGGACCUCAACGCCGUCAUCGACACGAGGAAGGUCGACGCCCUCGUCGUCGAGACGUUCGGACGACGGAUCGCCAAGCUACUACAGGAGAAAUUUAUGCAGCUGUGUGGGCAAAUCGACGACAUGAACACCGAUCCGUUGGGUCCGAUCGAUGAGGACGGGCCCAUGGAGAGCAGUGUGAGCUCAAGAACGAGCCAGGCGCUGAAUGUGAAAUUCAAGGACCGGACGUCGAUCGAGGACUUCGAGAUCAUAAAGCCCAUCAGCCGCGGCGCGUUCGGACGCGUCUUCCUCGCCAAGAAGAGGGUAACUGGAGACCUCUUCGCCAUCAAGGUGCUGAAGAAAGCGGACAUGAUCCGGAAGAACGCGGUGGAGGGCAUCCUGGCGGAGCGCGACAUCCUCAUCUCGGCGCGCAACCCGUUCGUGGUCCGAUUUUUCUACUCCUUCACAUGUAGGGAAAACCUCUAUCUCGUCAUGGAGUACAUCAACGGGGGAGACCUCUACUCCCUGCUCAGGAACCUGGGUUGCCUGGACGAAGACAUGGCAAGAACCUACAUUGCUGAACUUGUUCUUGCACUGGAGUACCUGCAUUCUAUGAAUGUGAUCCACCGUGAUCUGAAGCCUGACAACCUGUUGAUCUCUCGUGAUGGCCAUAUAAAGCUGACUGAUUUCGGGCUGUCAAAAGUUGGUCUGAUCAACAGCACGGACGAUCUGUCCGGGCCAGAUGUGAGCAGCGCUCUGGUGGGUGACCAUCAGCCGACAGAUGCAGAGCAGCGAGCUCUGAAGCGGGAGCAGAGGCAGAGGCAGACAGCCGUGGGCACUCCUGACUACUUGGCCCCCGAGAUACUGCUGGGCAUGACCCAUGGUCCAACUGCAGAUUGGUGGUCAGUUGGCAUCAUCCUCUUUGAGCUUCUUGUGGGAAUUCCUCCGUUCAAUGCUGAGCACCCGCAGAUAAUAUUUGACAAUAUAAUGAAUCGGGAAAUACCGUGGCCACAUGUACCAGAGGAACUGAGUUUUGAAGCAUAUGACUUGAUUGAUAAGUUGCUCAUCGAAAACCCAGUGCAAAGAUUAGGCGCAACAGGUGCUGGAGAGGUAAAGGCUCAUCCGUUCUUCAAAGACAUCAACUGGGACAUGCUUGCCAGACAAAAGGUUGCAUUUAUCCCUUCUACAGAUGAUGAGUACGACACGAGCUACUUCGCCUGCCGCCACGCCUGGGGCAGCGCCGACGAGCAUGUCAAUGCGGCCUGCAACGAGUACGACGACAGGAGUGAGACCAGCAGCAUGAGCUGCGGCAGCAGCCCACAGAGCUGUGACUACGAAGAAGAUGGUGAUGAGUGUGGUAGCAUGGAAGAAUUCGGAGCGCCAUCGCUGUCGGUGAAGUAUUCAUUCAGCAACUUCUCAUUCAAGAACAUCUCCCAGUUAGCGUCGAUGAACUACGAUCUGAUAACAAAACACAACGAGGAUCCUUUGCAGUCUUCAAAAUCUUGAGAGCAUGCAUGCACUAAAGCAGCAUAUUACCCCAACAAGAUAGGUAGUGUCCCAUUGGUAAUCUGCUGAAUGUUUCUUGUUCAACAAUGAGAAGAACUAAUACUGUACUGUUCUUCAGUUUUGUAAGUCAGAAACUGAAACUCCUCAGCAGGCUUUGAACAGUGAUGGUGUGUGGCAAUGAACCUGCACGUCUCGUCUGGAGCUUGUUUGCCCAGUCAGUGAGCAGAUUAAGAGCCAGUUUUUAUGGUCAAGUGCAAGCCGAAUGACAAGAAUUACUGGUGAGAUGAAGAGUUACAUGGAAGCUUCUUCACCUGAAGGAUGAGAAGCACAAUGCAAAUAAGUGAUAGCUAGCACAGAGACCAUUACCAUAUAAGAUCGGAUUGGUAUGGUAUCCACUGUUGUAAUUCUCUGGCAACUGGCUGUAGAUACAUAGGCAAUGAGAUAUGUACCUUGUCUGUAGAGAGAUGCCACAACAGAUAGAACUGUAAAUCUUCUUCUUUUUUUUUCCUUCUAAAACCUGUAAAUGAUGCGGAAUUGAAUUGUUUGGUGCUUUUUACAGUGUUAACUUCCAAUGAUUCCACUGUUAACUACUCGAUAGCAGCUUGUGCUUUCAGAGGACGAUCCGGACUUCAACGAGAUAGACAGUGAUGCUGGCGAGUAGGCUUGAUCACACCCGCAUCCGAAUUGCAUGUGGAGUGAUGUGUUCAUCAUGCUAUCUCUGUUGCGU